AGAGGAGAAAGAAUUCCCUUGAGAUGGCUGCCGAUCAAGCGGGUAAAGAAGUGGUGGGGAAAGAUCCUUCAUGGAAAGGAAGCAAUCGUAUAGCUUCUUUAAAUGAUGUUGAACACCAACCAGCGUUUUGUGCUCCACAUCAUGAUGAUAAGCAUGAACUCAUGCAUGAAAAAGAGAAGCCAGGAUGGAAGAAGUUCAUGGGGUACAUAGGACCUGGCUUUCUUGUUUCCAUGGCCUACCUUGACCCGGGAAACAUGGAAACCGAUUUACAGGCAGGAGCUAACCAUAAAUAUGAGCUCUUAUGGAUAGUCCUUAUUGGGAUGGUCUUUGCUUUCAUUAUUCAGUCACUCUCUGCAAAGUUGGGAGUUGCCACAGGGAAGCAUCUAUCUGAACACUGCAAGACUGAAUAUCCCAAGUAUGUGAAUUACUGCUUAUGGUUGCUUGCUGAAAUUGCUGUUAUUGCUGCUGAUAUACCAGAAGUUGUUGGAACGGCAUUCGCUCUCAAUAUAUUGUUUCACAUACCAGUGUGGACAGGAGUUCUCAUAACAGGCUUAAGCACUAUGCUUCUUCUCGGCCUCCAAAAAUACGGGGUGAGGAAGCUGGAAGCCCUGAUAACGUUUCUGGUCUUCAUAAUGGCAGCCUGCUACUUUGCAGAGUUGGCGUACGUCAAGCCCAAGGCAUCGGAAGUUCUUCAAGGGCUCUUCGUCCCUAAGUUGAAAGGAGACGGUGCCACUGGCGAUGCCAUCGCCCUCUUGGGUGCUCUUAUCAUGCCGCACAACCUCUUUCUUCAUUCAGCACUGGUUCUUUCAAGGAAGGUGCCGCAAUCUGUACAUGGAAUCCAAAGUGCAUGCAAAUACUUUUUCUUGGAAAGUGGGUUUGCCCUCUUUAUAGCCUUCCUGAUUAAUCUGUCACUAGUAGCAGUAUCUGGUAGCAUAUGCUCAUCUGAGAACCUUUCAAAAGAAAAUUCAGAACACUGCAGUGAUCUUACCCUCAACAAUGCACAUUUUCUGCUAAAGAAUGUUCUAGGUAAAUCAAGCUCUACAAUAUAUGCUAUUUCCUUGCUUGCUUCUGGUCAGAGUUCCACAAUAACUGGCACAUAUGCAGGCCAAUACAUUAUGCAGGGUUUCCUAGAUAUGAAAAUGAAGAAGUGGUUACGGAAUUUUGUCACUCGAUGCAUCGCAAUCACUCCAAGCUUGGUGGUCUCCAUUAUUGGUGGACCUGCGGGUGCAGGAAAACUGAUCAUCGUCGCUUCGUUGAAUGUGCAGAUGAUCCUAUCGUUUGAGCUCCCAUUUUCUCUUAUACCACUUCUCAAGUUUAGCAGCAGUGAGACAAAGAUGGGCCCCCACAAAAAUUCCAUCUUUAUUGUCAUUGUCUCAUGGAUCCUAGGCCUUCUUAUAAUUGGAAUAAAUGUAUAUUACCUUAGCACCGGCUUUGUUAAUUGGUUGCUUCACAAUAACUUGCCCAAGGUUGGGAGUAUCUUCAUCGGCAUCAUAGUGUUCCCUCUCAUGGCAAUGUAUGUUGCAGCAGUGGUAUACUUGACUAUACGAAAGGACAGGGUAGUUACGUAUGUAGAUAGAUCAAAAGUUGAUCAGUUUGGGAACCAUGCCCAAUCAGAUAAAGAGUUGCAAGCUAGUGAAGCUAUGGAUGAUGAGGUUCCUUAUAGAGAAGACCUUGCUGAUAUCCCAUUCCCAGAGUAGAUGAAACUUCUCACUCACUUACUAUCUCUCUCUUACAAGCCCCUCACCCUAUGUAUGCUCUUGUACACAACCAUGGUUGUACCACACUUUGCUUUUUGAACUUUUUGCUCUUUUUCUCUCUCCUUACUCUUUAGGAUAAUAAUUUGUUUAAGCCAAAAGUGUUCAAUAGUUAAAGUUGGGAAAUUAGAAA